AUGGAUAUGUCAAAAAAGAAAAGUAAACGUGCAUCUCCAAUCGAAUCAAGUCAAGAGGAGAUUGCCAUUUCAACAAGUAAAACAGCAACUACAGAAAAACCAAAGAAAACUAAAACCACCACCAAAAAGAAGGCAUCCCAACCAUCACAAGAAGUUGUUAUGGAAACUGAAUCAGAAGUUGAAAUUACAACUACCACCACAUCCACAUCCACAACCAAUAAUAAUAAUAUAACUACUACAUCAACAUCAUCUCAACAAAGUAAUGGUACAUUAUCAUCAUCGUCAUCACCAACAAUCCAAUCAAUACCAACAACACCAAUUUCAAAAUAUAUACCAUCUCUUUCACAAAUAGGUACACCAUUAUCACCAAAUAGAGCAGCUCAACGUCUUAGAGAAAAGGAUGAAUUGAGUUUAAUUCAUAAUAGAUUGAAAAGUGCAUUAAAGAAAUUAGAGAGCGCAGAGACUGAAUUAGAAAAGAAGAAUCAAGAAUAUGAAGAACUCGACCAAAAACAUACCGCCACAAUCAAACAACUCAAACAACGUUCCGACCAAGUAGAGAAACAAUUGAUUGAAGAACAAAAUCAAAACUCUGAUCUCACCUCCAAUCGUAACAUUUUAGAGAAUGAAUUAAAGAGCAAAGAAAGUGUUUGGAAAAAAGAAAAGGAUGAGAUUUUAUUGAAAUUCCAAGAAUCAAUCAAUAAACUCAAUCAAGAGAAUUCAUUAGCACAAUCACAACUUAAAUCUGAAAUCGUCUCUAAGGAAUAUGAAAUCGAUGGCUUAAAAUCUGAAAUCAAUCGUUUAAAGGAUGAUUUACAAUAUCGUAUUCGUGAAGGUGAAGAAAAAUCUAGAAAACUUUUGGAAAAUGAAUACAAUAGAUUUAAAGGUAAAGAAGAAGAAUAUAAUCAAUUAAUUGUAUCAAAAGAUGAAGAAAUUAAAAAAUAUAAAUUUGAAUUAAAAGAAAAAGAAAAAUCAUCAAAUGCAAUGAAUAAAAAAGAAAAUGAAUUAAAUAAUUUAAUUCAAGCUCAUGAAAGACAAAUUGAAGAUAUGAGAGAUAGUAUUAAUAGAGAAUGGGAACUUAAAGCUGCUCAAAUGAUGGAAGAACAUCAUGCUAGAACUAUUCACCUUCAACAAGCUGUUGAUUCAUUUAAUGAGGAAAAAGAAAGAAUUAAAUCACAAAUGGAAACAUUAAAUGGUCAAAUUGAAGAUAUAAAUAUUAAAAAUAAUGAAUAUGAAGAUAGAAUUAAAGAGAUGAAUGUUUUACUUUCACAAAAGGAUAAUUCAAUUGGUGAACUUGGUGUUGAAAUUGAAGAAUCAAAGAAGAAGAUGAGAAAACAAAUGGCUGAUUUGAAAUCCAAAGAUGGUCAAAUUGCUUUACUUCAAAUUGAAAUCAAUACCAAAGAUAACAAAUGUAAUACUUUACAAACUGAAACCAAUAGACUUAAAUCUGAACUUUACUCUAUUACCAAUCAAAUCGAUCCAGAAAUUCCACUUGAUCCAGAGAUUAACUCCCUCAAAGAAUUGGUUAAAGGUUUUGAAAAGACCGUUGAUGAUCGUAAGAGAAAGAGAUCAAAACUUCAACAUGAAUUCAAUGCUGCUGCUAAUCAAGAUCAAAAUGGUAUGACCAUUGAAGAACAAUCCUCUACCUCUACUACUACCACCACUUCUGCCACUGGUUCUUCAUCAUCAACUUCACAUUUGGAUAAUAUUGACUCUAGUAAACUUCCAACUGGUCCAGAACAAUCUGAAUUAUUUAAUCCAGAUACUGUAUCCUUCUCUUUAGUUGAUUCAAAUCAAGAGUUUAUUAAACUAUCAGUUCAUGGCGAUAUGGAUAAUGGUCUAUCAAUUAGUAAAUGGAGAUUAAUUGUUGUCAAACCAGAUGGUUCUAAAUCUGGUUUCUCUUUCCCAGAUGGUAUUCAACCAUUCAAAGGUAUCAAAUCUGUCACCGUUUGGACUGGUCGUCCAAGACCUCAAGGUACUCCAACUGAAAAUGAAUUCUAUUGGGCUAGAACUGAAUUAUGGACAAGUCCUGUCGAAGGUACCAUUGUUAAAUUAGUCUCACCAAGUGAAGAAACAACAACUGUCACUUUACCUGCUGAUGGUAUUUAUCAAAAACCUUCUUCAGCUGGUAAAUCAAAUUGUUUGAUUAUGUAA